UUUCCCGGCUGCACACAUUCCUCCUGGCUAUCGCCUAGUUAUUCCACAAGUCUCCACCUUCACUUUUCCUCCUGGAACCAGGGCUCAGACUAGAGCCCCAUGGAUCCGCUGCAGAAAUGGGAUCCAAUGUCGAUUUCCAUGCCCUCCUGCAUGGCCACUGUGACAAGCUCCCAAGAGGCCUCAGCAGGCUCUCAGCCUUCUUCCUCAGAAAAGCUAAGGAUGGGUCUCAGUGGCCUGAGCCUCUGCCGCAGCCCUGGCUCAGUUGCCCCUGCUCCUCUGUCAGAGGGACUGCUCCAGCAACAGGCCCGAGAGAAGAAGGCCCUGUGGCAGCAAUACUGGGAAAAGCAGGGCUUUCCUCAGAGGAAGAAAGUCUUCCUGAGACACUCGAGACGCUGGCACCGGGAUCACAUGGCACCUUACCUGCUUGAAAGGGAUGUCAGAGGCUCUCCCUCAGGUGACAGAGCUCAGAAUCAGCUCCGGUGCCAGGGCCACGUGCCGAGCAUUGCUGGGGUGAGUGGAGACGGGAACAAGGCUCCCAACCCUCCCUCCUGGGAAACGCUGGUACAGGGCCUCAGUGGCCUCACCCUCAGCCUGGGAGCCAACAGACCGAGCCCCCUGCCUGAGGGGCCUGGGAAGCAGCAGGAGCCAGAGCAGAUGCUCCAGCUGGAGAGGCAGCAGGAAAGCAUGAGGAUGUUCCAGAGGAUGCUCAAGUAG